GUACACCAGUCCGCCAGCCGCGAUGCGAUGUGGAGUACAGACUAGUGACUAGUGAAGUGCCUGUGCCAAGUGUAGUGAUUCAAGAUGGUUUAGUGAUCAGUGUAAGUUUUGUGUUGUGAUGGUUGUUUUGUUGCACUCUCCCAUUGUGAUGCCUGAGGAAACUCGGUGGUUUUGAAUAGUGCAGCAAACUAACUACGACUUUCUAUCAGUGUUGUGAGUGAGUGAGAGAAAGGAUGUUCUGAAGACAAGGGUGGACCAUCAUGAGCGAGGGACCAUGGCGGAGCCCCAAAAGAGUAAAACCCUCUACUCCUCAGCUGUAGCGGCUCUUGGCUUCGUCUCGUUUAUAUUGGCUGCAGCUGCUGUCGCCUUGCCGCUUUGGGGCUACUACGAGAGCACAUCAGGAAACAUGGGGCAAUCAUUUGAGCCUUUGUUUGAGUCUUACAGUGGUCCGGGGUCUGAGAAGGGCUACUUCGGACCAUGGACUCUCUGCAAGGAGCUGCUCUACGGCAGGACCAAGUGUGGGGACAAUGUGUCCAGGUUUCAGCCACAUGGGGCUGUGCGGAUAGCAGGGUACAUGGGAGCUCUGGGAGUGUUGUGUCUGGCUGCCUUCUGUGUCCUCAGUGUCAUCCAGCUGGCUAUGAUAGUCUCCAAGGACAAAGUGGUGAUGAAGUAUACAGCAGCAGUCACCGCCAAGCUGGGCUUAGCCCUUCUCGCUACUAUGUUUGGUAUUGCCGCAGCCGGCCUGUUUGCUUUACAAACAGAUGAUAGAGCGAACGACUUCCAAGUUCAUAGAGGAGAGUCUUUCUAUGUUAUGGUAGUUCUCAUAGUACUAACGUUCCUACUGUUUAUCGGGGCGUUGUACGACAUGUUGUUCGCCCGUCGGGCCGGGGGUGACCCUACGAUGUCGUCCAUAGAUCCUAACGGUGUUGACGCUAUGACCUACAAUAACCCUGGCUUCAGGGACAAGCGGUCAACUCAUCCAGGAGGAAGUGUAUCAGUGACAGAUGCCAGUGGGAAGCCCUACGCCCACUCCGGCACAAACGGCAGUAUGGUUACAUUGUCUACCACUCUGUCUUCCAAUGGCUCCACCACGGGCGACACAGCUGCCUCAAUCACAAGAAGCCCACUUCGAUCGAGCUUAAAAAAGCCAAGACCAGCAAAUGCGAACAACGGUCUCGGCAUCCAAAACCCAGGCUUUAGUGGUACUUCUCCGACACUCUCUCGAAAUGGAAGCACCGUCAAGAAAGUCCGAAUACAAACUCAUAGUACAGCAGUAUAGUGUUAACGAUAGUUAUCUGUAAAAUGGCAAUCACAAGACUGUAAACUAUUGUAAAACUGAUAAAGCAAUAAUUGAUAAAACUAUAAGAGAUCAUCAGAUUUACUAGCUACAAUCUGGCCCUAGUACACAACAAAAAAUAAUUUUACUUCUUUAACAAAUGAUCUGUGUAUUUCUACAUAAUAUUAAAGUGAACCUUCUAGAGGAUAAGUGGUUGCUUGGUACUCGAUGUUAAUUACAAUGGAAAUUGUGAAAGAUAGUUCAUAAACAUUAUUUUGUAUCACACUUUUAACAUACAGCCAUUAGGUGUAACUAAAUGAGGUUUUGGGGGCUGUAACCUCUCAUCAGUAUGAAUUUUAAUACAUCAUAGUUGAAAAUCGGCAAGUAUCAUUUUAUCAUUUUAUAAGUUUAUCAUUUUUAUCACCUACCAGAUUUAUAAGGAAAUGUUUUCUUUAAUAUUACAUUUUAAAUGCCUGAAAACUCACAGUUAUUCAUCUGAAAUUUCAACAUUUCCUGGUAGAGCCUCCUUUAGACUUUUAGUAGCUAAGCCCCCUCAAUUACGCACCCUAGUUACACCUAUAAAUGUAUCCAUUAUGACAAUUUAUAAACGACAUUGGGUUUGAAAACAGCUCUAUUCUUAAUGUUUACCCCUUUUCUGUCUAUUAUUAAAUAGAAAUGUUAUUUGAAAAUUAUGUCUGUUGACAUAUUUAGCCAACUAUUGACGUGACUUUACUAAACAAUAAAUGCAUAUAUGAUCUCAGCAAUAUUUUUGCCACAGUGAAAUACAACUUUAUGUAAGACAAAUCACCAUAAAAUGUGUAAUAAUUAUAAUGUGUUACAUUGUGAAAGAAGAAAAUUAGUUUGGUGGUUUUAAUACUCCAUCACACGUAAUUUCAUAUUGUAUAAUAUCUUGAAGCAGCGGCCUUAUCCAUAUUUAUAUGAAUUCAUAUUUCUAUUAAAUUUAUUACCUCCUCUGGUUGUAUAUAUUUAAAAAUAUAUUAGUAUUUAUCACACAGUAUUGUUUGAUACUUGUAAAUAUGUUUAAGUUUUAGUUUAAUGGUUGGGAGAAAACAUUCCGUCCAAUUUUGUUUUGUUAGGUGGCUAGUUAUAAAAUGUAAUUUAUUUUUAAAUUUGUAAAAUAUUGUAUAAAAGAAAUAUAUUUACAAUGAUAUGCUUUAAUGGUGAUUCUCAAUCUUGAAUCACUUAAAAGAUUGAAAAGAUUUGUAAAACUAUAUCGACAAUCAAUUUAAAACAGUACAUAAUAAAAAUUUAGGACUUUUUAUGAUUCAGAGCAUGCAAUUUUAACAUUUUUAUUUUUAGUAUAUUUUUAUCAAACAGAGUUUUCUAACACUUCCUAUUAGUGUCAUUGCAAUAUGUCAAUUAUUCAUAAGUAUUUUUCACAUCAUUUUUUCAUGAGUAAAUAGAACAUUGUUUUUAUAAUAUACAUUUUUGUAGUCAAAACAUGCAUUUUUAUGUAUUUGACACCAUUAUCAAAUACAUAAAAUUAUUACCAAAGAGAUAUGAAUUACCCUCUGUAAAAGAUGUCUUAAAGACAGAAACUUCCUUCAAAAGGAUCUAUGUUGAUUAAAAAUGUGUUUUAAAAACAUUCUUUAGGCAGUUUGUAAAAAAAAUACAACAGAAAUAAUGUGUAAGACCACAAGGACUAGACAAGCCCAAAGUCAAGUCAAUGUAGCCAAGACCAAUUCAUUGUACUCUAUGUGGUAAACAAAUUCACAUAAAACCUUUACCGAAAAAAUAGACAAAAGAUAAAUGCCUAUUUUACAACCUUAAUAUGGUAAAGUUCUAGGUUCUAGUAUACAAUACCAUAAAAUGUGGCCACAAUUAACUAUUAAAGGAAGUCAUUCAGUCAUCUUUCCGUGUGUUGUACAUUGAUCUGUUGAUUAUAUCUAAAAACUCUACCUUUUGUUCAUAUGACCAUUAGCUAUUGGAUACUGAAGUUGUACCAAUAGUCAAAGAUAUGACUAAACUAAUUCAAUAUUUCGAGUCCUUUUAUAGUUAUUGUAAGGUGUGCUGAUGCCAACCUAAUUGUUUAUGGUUUCAUACUACUUUUAAAAUAUAACUGAAAAUGAAUCACACAUUUUAUAGGAAAUUAUAUUAAUUUGGCAACAGCAUUAGCCAUCAUUAGGUAUAUUAAAAAGGUCCUUAAAUGCUACAGUGGCAAUGAUAAAUUUUCUUUUAUUUGAAUAUUGUAAAAAGUGACAUCAAAUGUUAGCUAAUGAUUUAAAUAUAAUGUGACAAACAGUACUGCACUUUUCUACUGGGCUAAAAAUAUAAUUUUACAGUAAAAGAAAGUUCAUUUAUAUCAAAUUUAUGAUAAGUCAUUAUAAAAUAGCCUAAUCAAAGUAUUUACGGUAUGUAAAAAUCAUUAAAAUUUAUCAUGCACUUAAAAUUGAAUGUGAAUGUUUGGAUUGAAUGUUGUGAUAUUUGUUAUUGUUAAAUUUUCCAAGAUAUAUAAAUAUGUAUAAAAUAGUGCAAUAGAAAUGUAUAACAUAUGUUUAAAGAAAAUGUAAAUUUUUCAACACUCGAGGGAAAAUAUCUUCCAUUUUGAUUAAAGAAAUUUACAUUUUGUUGAA